AUGAACGAACGCUGUGCGGGCCACUCUCCGAUUCAAGCACGGGAGCUUGACGGCAGCAGCAAGAGCAGCCCUGGAGGCGACCCACAAUGGGAAGAAUACCAAGCCGCCGAGGCAGAGCGAAAGGCGAUGGUCAACCACGUCAGCAUCAAGAUCUUCAGGACCGAGUACAAGGAGCAUUUUGAGUCACUAGGGUUCACCAAGGCAGCCCUGUUGCAGCUCGACGACGCCAUCACAGAGGUAGCCACAACGUCAGACGGUGUCCAAUCUGAUGCAGACGUCUCCGAUCUCCCACUCUUCGUAGCAGAAGACGAGGAUAUAGACGCUUACGACACUUUACUGAACACACGCAACGCAGAAGUGACACCUUCGACAGAAGAGCAGGAAGAGUUGGAAGAUCUUUUUGGUGAUAGCACAGGGCUUGACAUGGAUAUUACAGACAACAUCUAG